AUGACGAUUACAAUAUUCAGCGAAAAGCUUAAUCGACUUCUCAUCAAAAAAAGCAGGGUCAACUUGAGAAAGCUGAUCCCAAAUGCUACUAACCAGAGAAAUGAUCUUACAGUGAGUACUUUCUCUUUCAUCAAGGGCCUCAUCAAACUCCUCUGCGGAUUGCUUGUUGCAGCUGGGACAUUGGAUGGGAUCAUCGAUACUGUAUCUGCUACUCACCCCCUUUUAGCCUUGAUUAGUUUGUUGAAGCCUCAUGGAAAGAUGGUACUGGUUGGUGCUCCAGCACAGCCACUCGAGUUGCCCGUGUUUCCCUUGAUUUCAGGUAGAAAGAUAAUAGCUGGCAGUGGAGUAGGAGGUAUGAAAGAGACCCAAGAGAUGAUUGAUUUUGCAGCAAAACACAACAUAUUACCAGAUGUGGAGAUCAUUCCCAUUGAUUAUAUCAAUACUGCGAUGGACCGCCUAGCGAAAUCUGAUGUUAAAUACCGGUUUGUUAUUGACAUUGCAAAAUCAUUGAAGGCGGAGUAAAACCAGCAUCAGAGUUUCAUUUAGUUUGGCUUCAUUAGGAAAUUAUGUGCUAUUGUCUAGGCAAGAAGAAUGCCAGGAAUUUAUUCUUGUGGCCUGUUUUAUUUGUCGUUUAUCAUUAUACUAUUUUGUGAUAAUGUGGGAUACUUAAAAGUAGCGUGAUUUUGGGUAUGUGCUGUAUGCAUAAUACUCCAUGAUUGUGGUUUGCAUGAAGCCGUAUCUUCUAAGAUUUUCAGUUCGGCCGCUUUAUUGA